AUGGAGGGUGGUUUUCCAAGGUGGGAACAUGCUAGUAAUUCUCAAAACUGUGAUGAAGAGGAGACAUUUGUCUUUCCACAAGAUGACUACAUGGAAGAGGAGGAUUCCGACUACGUAGCUCCAAGCGAAAGCGAAGAAUGCCGUGAGUUCUCUUCAGAUAGUGAUGUAGAGGAAAGUGAUGAUGAAUUCUUACAAAAUGAGGAAAGGGAUCUUAAUCCAUUGCCCCGGCACCAUGUACAUAGUAAGAUAGGGAAAUGGGAUUCCUCAUAUGUGUGGACAAGGAUGAGUUUUCUCUUAAGAGAAAAUAGGGUUGUCAUGAGUAGCCCAAAAACAUGGGCGGUGCAGUGCAGGACAUUAGAUGAACCAAGUGAGGAUGGUGAUCUACCAUGUAAAUUGAAGAUGCGUGUGUCUUUGAAAGAGCAUGACCUUCAUGAAAUAGUGAGAUGGUAUGAUGCACAUAAUUGCAUGACGCCCGUUAAUGACAAUGACAAUCGUAUAGUCGAUAUAGUUGGGGAUCGGCCCUGCUCGCUUGUUUAUACUCUGGCUUGUGCAAGGCAAUCAACUAUGAGCGGAAGGACAUCAUCGGCUGUGUAUAUCUUCUACAGAGAUCAAUUAACAAGCCUACGUGUUACCAACAGAACCACACGAGUCGCCUGUCGGGCCUACCUGAGAAGAAUUGGGAGACUCACCAUGCCGAGGCUACUUCAAGAGUACGAGGAUAUAUUCCCUGAGGAGUUGCCUAAUGAACUUCCUCCUAUACGAGGAAUAGAACAUCAAAUUGAUCUAAUUCCUGGCGCAGUCAUUCCGAAUAGACCUGCAUAUAGAGCAAAUCCUGAGGAAACAAAGGAACUACAAAAGCAAGUUGAAGAACUCCUUGCUAAAGGUCAAAUUCGAGAAUCUCUCAGCCCUUGUCUAUUAGAUGAUAUGCUUGAAGAUCUUUAUGCCCAAGAGAAAGCUUUUAAUGACUUAAAACGAGACCUUUCUAGUGCCCCUGUUUUAGCAUUGCCUGAUUUUAACAAGACAUUUGAGUUAGAAUGUGAUGCUUCUGGUAUUGGUAUUGGUGCUAUUUUAAUGCAAGAUAAACGUGCUAUAGCUUUCUUUAGUGAAAAGUUAAAUGGAGCUUGUCUUAAUUAUCCUACUUAUGACAAGGAACUCUAUGCUGUGGUUCAUCAUGAAUCUCUAAAGCAUCUUAAAUCGCAAAACCGUCUAAGCAAACGACAUGCUAAGUGGGUCGCAUUCAUUGAAACAUUUCCUUAUAUUAUCAGGUAUAAAAAGGGAAAAGAAAAUGUUGUUGCUGAUGCUUUAUCUAGACGUUACACUUUGCUAACUUCUUUAGAUGCAAAAUUGAUGGGAUUUGAGUUUAUUAAAGAUCUAUAUUGUAAUGAUAUUGAUUUUGCCAAUAUUUUUACUGCUUGUGAGCAAAGUGCUUUUGAAAAGUUUUAUAGACAUGAAGGUUAUCUAUUUCGAGAAAAUCGACUUUAUGAUGCACGUCAUGUUGCGGAUUUGUUUCUAAAAGAAAUAGUAAGACUUCAUGGUGUUCCAAGAACAAUUGUUAGUGAUAGGGACGUUAAGUUCCUUAGCUACUUUUGGAAAUCGUUGUGGGGAAAGUUGGGUACUAAGUUGUUAUUCAGCACAACUAGUCAUCCACAAACUGAUGGUCAAACUGAAUUUUCGCCUUUUGAAAUUGUUUAUGGUUUUAAUCCGUUAACUCCUUUAGAUUUAUCACCUUUGCCUUUAAAGGAUCAAGUUAGCUUGGAUGGAGUUAAGAAAGCUGAGACAAUCAAGAGACUGCAUGAGAAAGUUCGCCUCAAUAUUGAGCGUAGGACUCAACAAUAUGUAAAGUCGGCGAAUCGUGGUCGUAAACAAGUUGUAUUUGAACCAGGUGAUUGGGAAAUCGAAGUUACAUCCUCGCGGAGAUGGACCUUUUCAAGUGAGUAUGGUGUUAGUGCUACAUUCAAUGUUUCUGACCUAUCUCCAUUUGAUUUUGAUGAAGAUGCAAAGAGGCCGGAUGAUGGAGACCAUCUAGCUAACACUAAUGAAGAGGGACAUGUUGCUGCCAAUGAUGGAGAAGACGAGCAAGUUGAGGACGUGAAUGCUAAUGGAGGAUCUAAAGAUGCUGCUUUAAAGAAUAAUCCUUACAUUCGUGAUCCACUUUCAAACAUUGUUGGACCAAUGACUCGUGCUAGACGCAAGAGGAUGAAUGAAUCACUUAAUAGUCUAAUUACUACUACAUGGGCUAAGGAGGAAAUUAAGCUUGAAGAUUACAAGCCCAAGACUAUUAAUUUGCUGCAAGUGACACCAAAUGGACACGGCCCAUUUGGAGAGAAGAAUUUCGGCCCUCAAUCCACAAAGGGACCGCCGGCCACCUUUCCUCAUGUUGGUAUAGAGCUUGAUGAUUCGAGGACGAAUCCUCUUAAAGAAGGAGGGGAUGAUGAGAAUCAUGUAGCCUUCCAUGAAGGUUCUCCUAGUAAGGGGAAUGAGUUAGUCCUUCAUUCUAGAUUUGGAAUGCCAAGUUUACUUUGCAGGCCAAUCAAGGAAGAAAGGAUGGAUCUUGACUACCUAUGUGAUAGGGAGUUGGUUCAAGAGAGCUAUGAUCAAGGUGAUGAGAAUGUCAUUAACUUUGGGGUGCAAACCAAAGGAGAUGAAGACCUCAUGGAAAUAAGUGCUGAAGAGUAUCAAGAGAGUUUGACUCUGUGUGCUCCAUGA